AUGGCAAUCUUCAGAGACCAUUCUGCUGCCAAGGUUGGAAUUGGUGUCGAUAUGCGCACCAGCCUUGGUAGCACGCUGCUCACCAGACAACACGCCUUCUCUGAUGCUGUGUUAGCGAGAGACAGUGGCCCUAGUGGAGAAAUUGGUUGUCCUAGACCUCUUCAAGUGCAUUUGCUCACCCCUCAACCUCAACGAUACACGGCUGCUGGGAUCGGCUGUCGCUCGAUUGGCAAAAUCACUCCGUUUAAUUUGAUUGGCGCUCCGAUAUUUUUGCAGAAAAAGCUUGCUUGUUGUACGAAAGGCAGUUGAGGGCAAUGUGAGUAAGCUUCGGUGAUGAAUUGGUAUGAUACUGCGAGCAUACCGAGUUCAAACUUGCCAACACUUGCAGCAAACAGAGGCAACAGACUUUAUGGAUGGAUAGAAGUCAUCGCGCGCCAUUUGCUCAGUGCGUUGAACACCACUGGCCCAUGAGAUACCGAGAUGCACUUCUGGUGAUCACUAUUGACUGUAUCAGUGAAUCUUCAGAACAAUGUCCCAGUUUCUAUGGAAAUGGAAAUAGUAUAAGCGGUGCAAUUCUAUACUUGAUAAAUCUUACUGCGAAGAACACUGACAGCGGUGGUGUUGGAGUUGCAGGGGAGGGAUGAUGCCGGACUAGAACCCGUGAUUUGGUGAUCCUUCAGGUUACAUGGGCGAUAUGCGUAUUUUUUCGGCAAAUGUUGACCUUGAAAAGGCUCAGACAAGUCGAAACAUCACAGACAGGAUAAUAAUGAACGAGUCCCCGGAGUCGAGUGAUAGGCUUUCUGUCGCUGCAAGGGAGUGUUAUCCGGAACUAGGGGAUCUUUGGUGCACGGCACUUCAGAUGCAAGGUCCUGGACGCAAAUGGAGCGAAGUCGACUUUGAAGAUUUCCCUUCGAAUCUGAGUACAAAAAGGAAUUUUCGGAUUCAACGGGCAAACUGAGGUGUUGGACUCGCUCUUGUUUGGCGUGCAGUGUCGAAGUGGUUUGAGGUCCGUGAGAACCUCAGUACCCGCCCUUUUCGGAGUAACUCGCACGCUGGCCCCUGAACAAGGAACGCAACGUCACUCACGAGAAUUUUCUAGAAACCGAGACUUUUUCGAUUUUUGGAUUAAACACGAAACUCGGACUGAUCCUGCGGCAUUGGACAAUUAUAUGAAGAUCACGUCUGUGCUGAAACAUGGCACCUCCGGUACUCGGUAGCCGAGAUGCUUGGUCAACGAGGCUGUGAUGCGGUAUCCGGAUAUCGUCACUCUGAGAUAACUCGACAACGGGCGAUGUACAUACUCAAAUUUCUGCAUCGCCCGUUUUGAGUGAACACACAAGUUUGAAUCGGUCGGAUAAAGUGGUGGUAUCUGAGUCAGAUGCUGUCAAGGCUGAAAGUGGCAAAGCAGUGAAAGACGAGAUAUCGAGAUGGAGACCUGUAACUCAAGCAAUAUCAAGUGUGUGUGCAUGCGA